CCAACGGGUUCCCUAGCCAGUCUGUGAAGAGGGGAGGCGGGGAACUAAAGUAUAACCUAGACAGACCCCCACCCUUGACCAGAAACAAGCCAUGGGGACCCCCAGCAGCCGCGGGUACUUGGAACUGGGACCCACAGAUAUCCUGGAGCGCAAAGGCUCCCUCACCAUCCGUUCCCACCACAUGAAGUACUCGAAGCCGGUCCUGGUGUAUCGCUGGCAUGUAGACAGAGAAGGAUAUCCUAAAGAUUAUGAUAUAGAUGAAUUCCCCUUGGGCUCAAAAAAUAUGUGUAAUUCAAGUUAUUGGAGGUUUGGAACAAAGGAUGCUAUGCCUUGGAAAUCAGAAGCACAUGAACAGAUGGAGCAACCUUAUGUAAACAAAGAAUUUGUGGAAAGAAGCGGUUUACCCCUGCUGAAUAAUGACACAUUUGAUUCUGGAAUUGUUGAACGGGACACUGGAUUGCCCAGAAGAGGUUUUGGAGCUGUCUUUUCUCGACAUCCACCAGAUCACCGUAAAAUGCAAUAUAUGACAACAUAUCGUGAAGAAUAUGUUCCUCCUUAUGAUUACUCAAAAGUUAUUCAGCCCCUUCAGGAUAUGUACUCGAUAGUUCACAGAAAAUGCCGAUCUCAGUUCACUGAUGUUGGAGGUCAUAAAAGAAUAGGUAUCCAUUCAUGGCAGGAUGAGAGUGGGGUUUAUCCCAAUGCACAUGUAAGACAAAUAGUCUUCCCAUCAGUGAAUCCUAUACUCCCUAUUCUGAAAUAA